UAGUGACUAGCUAGCUUCUCGUCCCGUGAAGUCAGUGUAGAGCUGUGCUUUCGCUGACUAUUGUAAACAGUAAUUGUUUAACCGUGAGUCGUUUCUACUGAGUGGAAUUAACGUGACCGAGGCGUGAAAGAAUAUGCCCAAGAAUAAAGGUAAAGGAGGAAAGAAUCGGCGACGUGGAAAGAACGAGAAUGAGUCUGAGAAGAGAGAGCUGGUGUUCAAAGAGGAUGGACAAGAAUACGCUCAGGUGAUUAAAAUGCUGGGGAACGGACGUCUGGAGGCCAUGUGCUUCGAUGGAACCAAGCGGCUUUGCCACAUCAGAGGAAAACUCCGGAAAAAGGUUUGGAUUAACACAUCAGACAUCAUCCUGGUCGGACUGAGAGAUUAUCAGGAUAACAAAGCCGAUGUCAUCCUCAAGUAUAACGCAGACGAGGCUCGCAGUUUGAAAGCCUACGGAGAGCUGCCAGAGCACGCCAAAAUCAAUGAGACAGACACCUUCGGACCAGGAGACGACGACGAGAUCCAGUUCGAUGACAUUGGUGAUGAUGAUGAGGACAUUGAUGAUAUCUAAAGACCUGCUACUGGAGGGGGAAGGUGGGAUUUUACUACAGAUGCUCCGAUUGGGAUAUUUGAGCCAAUACACCGCACCAUUAAUGAUUUUUAUUAAGAUCAGCCUAUGCCAAUCCAAUACAGUUAAUUAAUAUACAGUAUGUCAAUUAAUGUCAGUUUGUUAACCAUCGGUAGACGUCUUUGUUUGGACAACUUCAAGUGUGUUUCACACAGGGGAGAAACCGACAUCAGUACUUUGAGUUUCUUGUUAACAUGAAUGACGCUUUCUCUGCCUUCAUGCAGCUGGAUUGGAGAAUCAGAGUAGGCUGAUCACCAGCAUCAUUUUUAGGGUGAAUAUCUCGAGCACUGCUAGAUUUUUUACCUUAUUGCUUCUUACAUCGACAAAAACGCAAAUUUACCAUCUCAUUCACUGAGUUUUUUUUCUUUUUUCUCGUAUUGUUAAAGAAACACUCACCAUUUAGAGAAGGCUCACACACAGAGACCAUGACUGCAAAAUAUCUCACACAAAAUGCGCCAUCUUUUUAAAGUGUAUUUAUAUUGAUUUCACACUAUGUGGAAUUUAGCUACAAGUAUAGAAUCUCUGGAUUCGCCAAUAAAAAGAUAAACUAU